UUUAUAUAAAGAGGCCAAGAUCUUAUCUCCUUAGAAACAGCCUUUCCAUUCUCUUUCCCGCUGUGUUUGUGCUAGUGUUACUGUUCUGACCAAAAAUCUGUAGCUCAUCUCUUUUCUAGCCAAAAACAACUGAAUCAACAAUGUCUGACUCAACUUUCAUUGACAUAAUUUUGGCCAUUAUCUUACCUCCUCUUGGUGUUUUCCUUAAGUUUGGCAUUGAGACAGAGUUCUGGAUUUGCGUGGUGUGCACAUUCUUUGGCUACCUCCCUGGAAUCAUUUAUGCUGUUUAUGUCAUUACCAAGUGAUCUUGUUAAUCCAUUGAUUUCUUCAGAUUUGCGAAGUCUUAACUGCAAAUUUUUGUUUGAAAUUAUUUAUGUAAUUUGGUAAAUAUAUGAUUUAUAAAGAAUUCCGAUGUUAAAUUUAUUUGUAUGUCAUGGAUGUAAAAGUAUAUUCAUGUAUGAAUUAGCUAUCUACAUAAUUGUUGCCAUGUAUUGGUUUUUAAUAAAUGCGGCAAUUGGCACCUUUCAUGAA